CCUCCUCCCCUUUCAAACCAGCCCCUUCGCUCUCGCUCUAUCUCUCUCUUGUUUCCGCCACACUCUCACUUCCGAUUCAUCAUACUCAAAUCCCUCUCUCUCUCUCUCUCUCUCGCUCUCUUUGAGCAAGAAAAAUGGCGAUCAAGAAGCCCAACAAGCUGCCGCAGACGGCCGUCCUGAAGCAAAUCCUCAAGAGGUGCUCCAGCCUGGGGAGGAGGUCCUCCCAGGGGUACGAGCAGGAAGGGGGCGGCUUCCCGCUGGACGUGCCCAAGGGGCACUUCGUGGUCUACGUCGGGGAGAACCGGACCCGGUACAUCGUACCCAUCUCGUUCCUGACCCGGCCCGAGUUCCAGAGCCUGCUCCAGCAGGCGGAGGAGGAGUUCGGGUUCGACCACGACAUGGGCCUAACCAUCCCCUGCGAAGAGGACGUCUUCCAGUCCCUGACGUCGACGCUUAGAUAGACAAGAAAGAAGAAGCUGGGAGGCUCGAGAAGCUUUCUGAGGUUCUUUCUUUCUAGGGCUUUCGUUUUCUUGGGGUUUCUUGCUUAGGCGAAAGGGUCGAAGAAGAAGAUGAAGAAGCUGCAGCAGCAGACUGCUUGCUUCUCUGUGGUGUUUUUUCUCUUCUUUUUUUGGGGGGGAAUUGGGGAUGCGGGUGACUCUGACCAUAGGGACGCCAGGAUUAUCGUCUGGGUUCCGAUCUGUAAAUUUUUUGCCAAGGCCAGUAAUUCUUGAUCCCCGCGCGGCGGUGUUCGGCGUGAUGGCUGACCUUGCGAGAGAGGAUCGAACUGAUGUCCAAAUUAAUUAUUAUUAAUCUUGAAUUGGCGAGUUUCUUUUUGCCCUGA